AUGGGAUUUCGCAAGAUCAGCCGUGACGUGAAGCUCACAGCAAUUCGACUCCAUGAACGGAACCUUCUGAGCCUUCCGGACAUCUUAGAUUCCUGCGGAUUUUCCGAACGCACCUGGUUUCGGAUUUUGAGGCUCUGGCGCGAAACUGGCGAUGUCGUGAACCGUCAGCCUAGCGCAGUAAUGCGUGGUCGUCUGUGUGCUCUCGAUUGUGAAGAUAUUGAUUGCCUGCUUCGUCUUGUAAGGCAAAAUCCCGACUAUUUUUUGGACGAGCUCAUGCACCUCCUCGCAACAAACCAAUUCAUAUCUGUCCAUUUCACGACAAUCUUCCGCGAGCUCGAACGUGCUGAUGUGAGCUACAAGAAACUCAAGCGCAUUGCCAAGGAACGCAACGAGACUCUG